CGCAGUUUACGUCGACAAUAAUGGACGACAUGGACGACGUAGCCGCGUUCUGGCAGCACCAUGCUGAGCGUUUCUGUCCACAGGGCAACCCGCUCAACGUUUGGGAAGAAUUACUGCUCAUAGCAACACAAACGCCUGAGCGUUUCCGCGAAGCUUUGCAAGCAGCCGCAGUCGCUGUUGGUGCCCGGUACUGCAACCACGAUACUCCGCCGGGUCCGCUCCCUGAUAUCAGCAAACUGCCGGAGAGGCAGGCCGCCGCACAGCAACACGCUGGAUUAUGCGGAAAGUACCACGCGGAACACAUCGCCAACAUCGACGUCACCAUGGUAGAAGAGAGGGCAGCAGGAGCUGAGAUCACAACGAAAAGAAUGAGGAAUCAGGCCUGCUACGACGCCGGGAUGGCGCUCAACGCGCGAGGCCGUGGGGUUCAGCUGAGGAGGCAGGAGUGCUUCACCCAGGCCUGCCGCGCGGUCUGGCCUGACGACCAGCCGCUGCCCGCAGCUGUACUUGCCGCUCUUUCGAUGUAGUGAGUGACGCACGUGCCAUCGGCUACGCACGCGGGGCAAGGUAGCUAUGUUGUCUGUUUUGAUGAAGCUGAGACCGGCGGGCGAAUGUGCUGGCUCGAUUUCCCAAUGGGCGAACGCGCUAGGGUAGCUGCAGCAUUUUCGACAUCAACCGAAUAUCAGCCAGGUCUCAAACAUAGACGGCGUACGUGUGUUUUGACGGGGCGGGCGUUGGUGUGUCCCUGUGUAUGCUGGAGGUUGUUCACGUGCUGCUGCUAAUGGUGAAGGGUUGGGUCAACAUUCCGUAACACCUUCGUUGUGCAAAGAAAAGAGGAACACGAGUUCGUCACGGUUGUUGUCGGUUGCGCGGAGCAGGGCGGACUUGCACUUCGGGUGUCAAAAAUAAAUAAACAUAAAUAAUUUAAUUAAAAGAAGUUUGGCAAGAAAGACAUUCGGAAACGUGGUUCCAUGUGUCUUGGUUCUUUUGCGAGAGUUUCUUUCGUCUGUCCUUCAGGAAUAUCUUGGAGGUUCACGGGGAUUCCGACAGGUGCACGAGACCAUGUGCGUUUAAUUCGUUUGGCAUUCGAAUUAAGCUUAAUUAUCCCACCUCACAUCAACACAAGAAAAACGGGCACGAAUAUUCUGUCCUGGUAAUUGUAUGCAGAGCU